AUGACAGAUAUGUGGAGCGAUCAAUCCACAGAACAAGACAGUAAUCCCACUCUGAUCCUAGAAAACACAAUUCUAGGUAGUGGAGAGGAGCAGGUAAUCGUAAAAUUAUUGACUACGAACACUUCUGUUUCGUCAAAUGGAAGCGAAGUUUUUACCAAACUGUUGACGGGAUCUUCUGCUGGCGCAGCUGCGGGAAGCACCGGGAAAUUUCUUAGCGGUGCACAAGCUCAAGGAUUACGUAAAAUUGAGCCGAAGCCUGCAGACUCGGGAAACGAGAGUGAGAAGUUGGUUGAAGGUGAUGGUGAGGGCAGUCCCUUUGGAAGGUAAUGGCAAAUUUUCCCAUUUCAUACACUGCCUAAGUUUCUGAUUUUUAUUCAGACUCGUAAUAUUAAAAGCACGCACAGAUUAAGAGUAAAAUUGGCUGUAUUUGCUUUUAUCCAACUAAAGGAUUUCAUCAACAGGCUAGUGCUCUUGACUUUGCCAAGUCCACAUGGUUGAUCUAAUUAAAAGUUAUGCAACAGUAUAGUAUUUCACAAGUCAGCUGAUAACUGUAUAACCUGAACUGUUACACCAACUGUAUCUAGCUAGAGAGCUGGAGUCAAUAAUUCAUAUGAGAUACAACGUAUGUGUUGUGGUUCAAUUUUAUCCUUGUUUUAAUUUGUGCUUUCUUUUGUUUCAAACUUAUUAUUACACAUUACCGUACCAAAAAACAAAAUAAAGAAAUUAAACCGAAGAUAAAAUUGAACCACAGCAUACUGUAUAUGUUGUAGUUAAUUUUUUAUCUCAGGCAAUUUUUGAUUUUCUUUUGUUUUUGGGUAUGUUAUUGUAUGCUAAUGAAGUUGAAACAAAAGGAAAAUAAAAAUUACCUGAAAUAUAAAAAUAACUACAACAUAUACAUUUUAUUGAAAUUCAGUUCAGUAUGUGGUCCUUAAAUAACAUGGUUUUUUUUUCAACUCAUAAAGCACUGGUGUAUGGUCAAGUUGUCCGAAAGUUAUCUCGCUUGGAGUUAUGUUGCCUGAAAAACUGAGUUAUGUUGCCUGUCAUUUUAUCAUGUUCAACAACAUCCUAACAUCCUGACACACUUCCUGUUAUUGCACUUGUUUCCCUCAUUAGGGUUCAUCAAAUUACACACACUGCCUUUUUCAGCUUACUGCGCUUUUCAGUGACAUAAAAAAGCUAAAUUCACAAUUGCAUUUUUGCUGCUGUCAAUCAUAAUUAUGGUCGCAAACGAUGAAUCCUCAAGCACAACAAAACACAAAAAGGAUCAAAAUCCACCAAUCACAUAUCACAAGCCAUGACCUCUUCAACUUGUUGAAGUAAACUUCUGUUUUCUGAGAGGUCUGCUAAGGUGAUUGACGGUAGCAAAUAAUGUCAAGGUUGGUUGGCUUUUGAACUUUGGUGUUUGCUUGUCAUUGAAAACCCCAGUAAACACUUGAUGAAAUUUCAGACAACAUAACUCAGGAUUUCAGGUGACAUAACCUUGUAACUCUUGUUUUGGGUGACAUAGCUUUGGGUGAGAUGACUUUUGGGCGACUUGACAGUUACCAAAAUACUGGUUGAGUUUUUUCCUCACAAGCUGAUGGCUGUUGCUGACUUUAUUAUACUUGAAUAUUUUAGAUUGCUGGACAUCAAUGCCACAAGAAGAGGUGUCAAAACCUGUCCUCUCUGUACAAACAAAAUUGGUAAUCGUGCCAAGCAGUGUAAGUAUUGUUCUCCUGGCAAACAGAAAAGAAGGUCAAGAAAAUCUCAAACAAGUAAAGAACCCAACAAUGACAGUGAACAGAGUUCAUCUAACGUUGACAUGAACAUGGUACUGAUGGACAGUGAACCUGAUAUGGCAACAUCUCCGAUUGGUAACAUAGUCCACAACAAUAGCGUUUUCAAGGAACUCACUCUACACUUUCUACUCCAGAAAUCCCACCUGUGGAAUUCCCCCAUGCCUUCGGAUUUCCAAUCGUAAAUACCCCCCAUGCCCUCAGAAUUCCAUAAUCUUGAACCCCCCCUCCCCUUCGGAAAUCCUAAAAGCCGUCCGUGGUAUGGUAUGGAUAUUUUCUGGAAUCGCCCAAUCAUAAUUAUGGUCACAAACGAUGAAUCCUCAAGCACAACAAAACAUAAAAAGGAUCAAAAUCCACCAAUCACAUAUCACAAGCCAUGACCUCUUCAACUUGUUGAAGUAAACUUAUGUUUUCUGAGAGGUCCGCUAAGGUGAUUGAUGUCAGCAACUAAUGUCAAGGUUGGUUGGCUUUUGAACUUUGGUGUUUGCUUGUCAUUGAAAACCCCAGUAAACACUUGAUGAAAUUUCAGACAACAUAACUCAGGAUUUCAGGUGACAUACACUUGUAACUCUUGUUUUGGGUGACAUAGCUUUUGGUGUGAUGGACUGGUUGAGUUUUUUCCUCACAAGCUGAUGGCUGUUGCUAACAUUGUUGCACUUGAAUAUUUUAGAUUGUUGGAUAUCAAUGCUACAAGAAGAGGUGUCAAAACCUGUCCUCUCUGUACAAACAAAAUUGGUAAUCGUGCCAAGCAGUGUAAGUAUUGUUCUCCUGGCAAACAGAAAAGAAGGGCAAGAAAAUCUCAAACAAGUAAAGAACCCAACAAUGACAGUGAACAGAGUUCAUCUAACGUUGACAUGAACAUGGUACUGAUGGACAGUGAACCUGAUAUGGCAACAUCUCCGAUUGGUAACACUGCAGAGGUGUCAGUGUCCUCUACCAGUGAUGUUAUUUCUAAGAAUGUAACAGAAGAAGUUGAGGCUGUUACAGCAGAUAAUUUUGUACAAGGAACCCAGUCAAGUGUAAAUGCUAUUGAGGGAAUGGAAGCAGAAACAUCCCAGCAAAACAGUGGUGUGAUUGAGGCUGGGAAGAAGACCUACCACACUAGCCUGCAGGAGUUAAUUCAAACUCUUUUGGUGCAAAAUCAAAGUAGUAGUUUAUAUGUCGCACAAGAUUCUGAGGAGCAAGCUGAUAAGGUAGAUACAGAGAAUUCAGAUGUUAAUCAGCAAGAGGAACAGGCUGGUGAUGUAGAGGUGAAAGAAGUUAAAGGAAAUUCAGUAGGAGCAGUUGGUGCGGUGGGAUCUCCUGAAAAUGCAUAUGAUGCUAAUUCAGUUGCUUUGUUUUUGGGACAUCUUGCUCAGCAGAAUGGUAAGAAAGCAAGACCCUCUUUAAACAUUGCCAGUGACAAUGCUGAGCCCAACACAAGCACAUCAAGCCCCUUGGGAAUUAAAGCAAAGCAGGUUGUUAUUGAGGAUGAUCUGUCAAGUCAAGCAAAGUACAGGAAAAUAAGACCCAAGACUAUUGAUGAGUGCACUAUUACAGUAGAAAUUCAGCGCAGUGAGGAUUGUGCAGUAGAGGAGGAAAUUGCUAACACUGUUGGUGAAGUGAAGUCUACAGAAUCACAACUCAGGUAGGAAGACUUGCCUUUUAUGAUCCCAGAAAUGACAAAUUAUCUUUUUUGUGCAAGUGAUACUGUCAUCUCUCUCUGUAAGUAUCACUAACACUGUUGGACUGGCACAAAAUAAUGUCCACCCUAGCCUACGUUGACGUGGCACCAGUCAAAUUUUCAACCUGCUGAAAAAUUUGAUCCAACAUUUUGUAAAAGAAACAUCGGGAUUAGAAAAUUGGGCAGAGAUUUGGGUUGGGAUGAUUGGAUUGAAGAACUGCCUAUCUUAAUGCUGCUCUUCAUGCAUUUGCUAUUGUAAUGAUCAGGGAAAUUUGUUUGAAAAUUACAACUCUUCUUCACUUGGUGAUCAUGUUUAAUUACCAACUGAUAAUAAAUGCUGGCCGCUCUGUAGUCUUAGUAAUUAAGAAAGAAGACACUUUAUUUCAAUAGGGUGCAUAAAUAUUACAGUUGUACUGUAUUCUGCCCUAUGGCCCUAUGAAAAAAAAUCCUUAAAUACCAACAAACUAAGGUAACAGAUAAUUUAAAUAUCAAGUUUAAGAAAGCUUAAAAAGUUCUGUCAAUAAAUUUUAAAGCUCUCAGGCGAGAAGGUAGUUGAAUUUACACAUGAUUAAUAAACAUUCUGUCAAUAACAAUAAUAAUGUCAAGCUGCCAGGCAUGAAUUUACACAUAAUUUUGAACAGAAUUAAUAUGUUUGUACAUUCUUUCAGGAUGCUUCCUGGAAAUGCUACUCGACGAGGUGUAAUGCCCUGUCAGAAAUGCCAGUGUCUUAUUGGUUGUCGUUCCAAGGUGUGUAAGCAUUGCAAGUUUUUGUUAAAUGAAGCAAAUCCACCAUUUAGACGCAACCGAAAACUCUUACGUCAAGCUGUUCAGUUGCAAAUUCCAUCAAACUCAUUUGUCACUGUAUUCUCUGUACGGAGAAGCAAAGUGGGUCCAGAUCAUAGGUGCUUUGUGUGGUGUCAACAAAAUGAACCAUCCAGCAAGAUGAAAGACAUGUAUUCCUGUGAUUAUCCUCCGUGUGUGACAGCAAUGGAUUUAGAGAACAAGCCAGUUUUCUUGUGUGAGCAUGCCAAGAUUUGCCGGGCGCAAGGAUCAAUAACCAACUCAAGAGUGCUUGAACUUAAUUAUGAGAAAUUACCGAGUGAAUAUCUAACUGAGGCAGUUUCGGAAUCGUUGAGGGAACUUGACAGACAGUGUAGCAGUAGGGGUGUGCCUCUGGUACAAGGUGUGUCCGACAGAACUUUUGUUGUUGUUGAUCAACUACUUCACCCUGAUGGAGUAAAUAACCUUGCAAGUGAUUUUUUGGGGUUUGUCCAUGUGCGGUUUGAAAGAAGCAAAGUUGGGAGCCUCUGGCAAACCCAGGUUUACUGUUCUGGAAGACCGUGCAUCGCGUGGAACCCAGUCUUCAGUUGUAUAGCUGGCAAGGGUAAUUGCCAGCCAUCAGUGGUCCGAUCUGUGAACUGCAUUCAUUAUUCAGCAUGUCUGUGGGCAAUUACCUCAAAUGAGAACCUUGAGUGUGAGUUUAAACUGUAUCUUGAGGGUGCAAAAGUGAAAUUCAUAAGCAGUGAUACUGAGUGAAUGAUCUUUAAGGAUAUUCAUGUUCAGCUGUUAUUGUUUUAGAUGGCCUGUUACCAGAGAAUUAUCAUUAAGGAAUCCUAAAUAGGGCUGUCACUAGGGGCUGGGGAUUUCUCCUGUCUAAUUUGGGCAUGACCAUCUGCUACUGUCAUUGAAAACAUAAGGAAACAGAACAAAAAGAAUUUCUUGGCUGUUUUAUUCCUAACCUUCUAAUAAAUUACAUAUAGUAAUAUACAGUCAACUCUCUAAGACAGACACCUUUGGUACCACAGGCAGCCCAGACUCUAUAUGAGAGUUUGUUGGAAUUUGGCUUUUGUAACAGCAUGUGAAAAUAAACAAAAAACAAUCUAAAUUACAUUUUUUAAGAACAAAAUUCACGAUAAAAAAGGACUCAAAUUUGUGUUUGUGUUGGGUGUUUUACUGUCUCUUCACUUCUAGAGCCAUUUGGAAGCCAAGUAAAACACACAACACAAACACAAUAUUGCAAUUUUUUCUCAAAAAAUGUAAUUUAGAUCGUAUUUUGUUUAUUUUCAUACCUUCUCAAGUAUAAAGUUCAAAUUACAACUUCCAGAGUCCCAUAUAGAGUCCCAUAUAGCCGCCUUGGUUGGGACCAGCACUAAGUGUCCAUUUGGGAGUGAUGUCCAUCUUAUAGAAACAAAUGAAAGGAGUAACAAAAGGUAGGGGCCAUCUUACCUAGGUGGCCGACCAUUAAGAGAGAGUUGGCUGUACUCUGCAGUGUGACAGCCCUGCUUAGCUCCUGCUUGACCAACAUCAAUAGAGACCUUUAGAUUCGAGGACGAGAACGGCUACCAGUACGAGAUUUGACUUGAAUUUUUUUCGCCUAUUCUCAAAAUAUAGACUUCCCGGAAAGGUAUGUUUUAUCAUAUUUCACAAGAAAAGUUAGCACUGUUACCUUUACUGAAGGAGGUUUCGCGCUUUCCCCAUCGCAAAAUGAUAAAACUUCUAACAUUUGAUAACUUGUUUUGGCCACCACGACAUUCGCGUUAAAACUCGUAGUAGAAUGACAAUGGCUACCACAUUUUCCCGCCAAAAUGACGCUGGUUCACGCGCGUGCACUACUUAGUAUUGAGAAAAUCUCGUACUCGUAGUCGUACUCGUCUGAGAAUCUAAAGCUCUCUAUUUUUCUCCUAACAACAUCAGCAGAUCAUCAAGAGUAAAGGUUCUGAGAAUUGCUAAGUUGAUUACCAAAGGUAGAACGCUUUGAUCUUAAACCAAAUUCUCUCAACUAUUCUUAAAAAAAAAUGUAUAGAGAUCAGUCUGGAGAAUUUGUAUGUGGAUACUGGGGCAUAAAGGGUUAAGAGAUACUAUUCAGCUUACAGGUACAUGUAGAGGAGCAAGUUGCUGUCCUUUUCUGAUAAUAAUAAUAAUAAAUUUUUAAGGUUAUCUUGCUUGUAUUAACAACAUCAUCAGCUCUACUUAGUAGCCUAGCCAUUUCUCUUGGGCAGGCGGCAGUCUACCCAGGCAUGUUAAAUUCCUGCGCACCUGAAAGUGCCUAUCUGUUAUGGUCUCUAACUUUGUUAUAGCUGGUUUGUAUCAGAUG